ACUAAGCACAACACAAUCAGCUCCCAUUAGGUGCAGGAGAGAAAUUAAAGCUUUCAAGUGUUAGUUUGUUUUCAAUAUUUCAAAUGGGCAGCCUUGCAUCUUUUAAUGAACUAGGGAACGGUUUCAGCAACAACGUUAACCCCCUAGAUCCCGAUGAAUUCAGGAGGCAAGGCCACAUGGUCAUUGAUUUUCUAGCUGAUUAUUACCAGAACAUCGAGAAAUACCCGGUUCUGAGUCAAGUCGAACCCGGAUACCUCGCGAAACGAUUGCCGACCACCGCACCAUACGUUGCCGAGCCGGUGGAAGCGAUCCUUCAAGACGUGCAGCAACAUAUUAUCCCCGGGAUAACUCACUGGCAAAGUCCGAACUAUUUUGCGUAUUUCCCUUCGAGUGGUAGCGUUGCGGGCUUCCUCGGUGAAAUGCUUAGCACCGGUUUCAAUGUGGUCGGAUUCAACUGGAUAUCGUCACCGGCUGCGACGGAGCUGGAAUCCAUUGUCGUGGAUUGGCUUGGACAAAUGCUUGAUCUUCCUCGUGCUUUCCUUUUCGCCGGAAACGGCGGUGGUGUUCUGCAAGGAACGACUUGCGAGGCGAUUUUGUGCACCGUAACAGCCGCGAGAGAUCGGAUGUUGCUCAAAGUUGGGAGGGAGAACAUCGGGAAAUUGGUUGUCUAUGCUUCCGAUCAGACACAUAGUGCUCUAGCAAAGGCAGCUAAAAUCGCCGGUAUUGACCCUAAAAACUUCAGGGCCAUCAAGACGAAAAGGUCGGCUGCAUUUGGUCUGUCACCGGAAUCACUGCGACACGCAAUAAGCACAGACGUAAAAGCUGGACUUAUCCCGCUAUAUCUCUGUGCCACGAUCGGGACAACGUCGACCACCGCCGUUGAUCCAUUGAUCCCACUCUGCGAUGUGGCCAAAGAAUACGGAAUGUGGGUUCAUGUCGAUGCUGCAUAUGCAGGAAGCGCCUGUAUUUGCCCUGAGUUCCGGCAUUUCAUCGACGGCGUCGAAGGAGCAGACUCAUUCAGUCUCAACGCUCAUAAAUGGUUCUUCACCACACUGGACUGUUGUUGCAUGUGGGUAAAGGAUCCGAGUAGUCUCAUAAAAUCACUCUCGACCAACCCCGAAUACCUCCGGAACAAAGCUAGUGAGUCUAAUCAAGUGGUUGACUACAAAGACUGGCAGAUAACUCUCAGCCGUAGGUUCCGAGCCAUGAAGCUUUGGCUCGUCCUGAGAAGCUACGGCGUUGCCAACCUCAGAAACUUUCUGAGAAGCCACGUCAAAAUGGCGAAACGCUUCGAACAGCUCGUAAUCACAGACAAUAGAUUCGAAGUCGUGGUCCCACGGUAUUUCGCUAUGGUGUGUUUUAGGGUUUCGCCAUCUGCAUUGCCGUUUCGCAAUGCCGAUGACGACAACGAGAUGCGUGCAAACGAGUUUAACCGGAAACUAUUGGAGACGGUGAACGCGGAGGGGCGAAUUUACGUGACUCAUGCACAAGUCGAUGGGAUUUACAUGAUACGGUUCGCCAUUGGCGCCAGUCUUACGGAGGAUAAACAUGUUCUCAUGGCUUGGAAGGUGGUCCAAGAGACGGUAGAUGCCAUGCUCAACACUCUAUAGUUUUGUUCAUCAACCUCGUAUUGUAUUUCGGCGUACUGCAUUACUUAAGACCCUGUUUUUUAGAUGACAAGAUCGGCUUGUUUGUUUAUUGUACGAUGAAAUAACUGAUGUUUGGUUCUGGUUUGUAAGAGCGUUGAACCAUAGCAAGUUGCCGCCGCCUUUCAUGUUGACAUACUAAGUGUACACGUUGUUGGCAAUUUCCCACUUUUACUAUUCCUUCUUCUAAUUU